AUGGCAAGCGUCCCUACUGCGUCGUCGGCUACCUCGGGUUUCUUCCAGCAAUUGCCCACCAUUCUCCCUCAAUACACGUCCCCUCAGCUCGCAAAUGCUCAUGAUGAGGUCACGGACGAUGUUGUCCUCACACGACUUACGAAAUUGUACUUGCCAGACAGUAGCCAGCAAGUCGUGGGCAAAGCCAUGCACGAAAUCUCACGGACUGUGCCGGAGCCCGCCACUUUGAAGCACGCUGUCGAGGCCGAGACAGUACCGCCGACUUUGCAGCCGCUCACGACCUUUGGCGAGCUGAAUCGAGACGACCCUCUUGUCCUAUGUCACGGCUGGAAAGCUUUGAAAGCCAUCGGAAUCCAGGCGGGCGUUGUCUCGCUGGGCUACGACAAGUCCACGUUCACCCACAAUCGUCGCGUGCAUCAGUUUCUCAUGAAUCACAACUGGCACCACACGUCAACCCUGACCAUGUGCCCGAUGAGCAUGACAGAUGGGUCUGCCCGUUUCAUUUCGAAUCACAUUGGGGACGAUGAUGACGAUGAAUUGGAACGCCGCGCAGUCCUCAGUGAAUACUACCGACGUCUGAUUUCGUCUGACCCGUCUGAAGCUUGGACUAGCGGCCAGUGGAUGACCGAGAAAUCAGGAGGAAGCGAUGUUAGAGGAACCGAGACUAUAGCCACAAGAUUGACUCCCACCAACCUCAGGGGCACUGUCGGCCGCGGCCAAGACAUUCUUGGACAGCCUUUGGGACCCCGGUCCAUUGACGGCUUCAAGUGGUUCAGCAGCGCAACCGAUUCAGAUAUGACCAUGCUUCUGGCUCAGACGCCGAAAGGUUUGAGUGCGUUCUGCGUUCCCAUGCGCCGCAAGGCAGGAAAAGGCUCUGAGCUCAACGGAAUCCGCAUCCAAAGGCUCAAGAACAAGAUGGGCACAAAAGGUUUGCCGACCGCCGAGCUCGAGCUAAAGGGUGCACGGGGCUGGCUCGUGGGAGAGGAAGGCAAGGGCGUCAAGGCAAUCUCAGCUGUCCUCAACAUCACGCGCCUCUAUACCGGCGCUGGCAGUGUCUCGUACUGGGCGCGGGGCGCGGGGCCUCGCGGUCUGCCCCACUGGAUGGCUGGAGAGACUGUCAAGUACCGAGCGGCCACGGCUCUUACGUUCUUUGGUGUGGCCCUCUUGGGCUGCAGUGAACAGGGCAGCAGCGUCAUGAGAAACAAGCCAGCCGCUGCACUCAUCCCGAACGACGAGACAGCAAAGCUUCUUCUUCGACUUUUGGAGCCAGUGAUCAAGGCGCAGACGAGCGUGGCAGCUGUAGCUGGGCUUCGCGCGAACAUGGAUUGCCUCGGCGGUGUGGGCUAUUGCGAAAACCUUGAAGAUGGAGGCAUAUUGAACCUGGCCAAGAUAUUCCGCGACUCGGUCGUGCAAACAAUCUAG